UUGGCGCUCACUCUUCCCCGUUUCACUUUCCUAAACCUAGGGUUUCAAACAGCCCUCUUUCAUCCAUCCCCCAUCUUUUCUCUUCCACUGAUAAAAAUGGAACCUUCAGACACCUCGAACAUGCCUCCCGUAAACCUAACGGAAGGGGCGAUUCCGAUGCUCUCAAACGGCCAGGCUCAGGAGGCGAACUUCAAGCCGGUGGUGCAAGUCACCAGCGUACGGUUGAUCAACACUCAGAAUCAGAUCAACAACGCUGUUGAAAGGUAUCGGGUUGUUCUCUCCGAUGGCACUUUUUCUCAGCAGAGCAUGCUCGGCACCCAAUGCAAUGACCUGGUGCGGUCUCAGAGGUUGCAGACAGGCUCCAUCAUCCAGUUGAUGCAGUACGUCUGUAACGUUAUCCAGAAUAAAAGGAUUAUCAUCGUGGUUGAUCUAGAACUGAUUGUUGAGAAAUGUGAUCUCAUUGGGGAUCCAGUGCAAUAUCCAACAGAUGGCAGUGCCCCUUCGGCCGUAAGACCACCCACACUACGUCCAACAAUGAAUCAGCCUUCUGGUGGCAAUUCUCCUCCGUAUAGCGCUGUUACAGCCAUGAGUAGUUCAGUUCCCAGGUCUACUACGGGUGGUGGAGUUAAUGUCCCGCUUUCGGACCGAAAUUCAGGACCAUAUUCUUACUCUGGUGGUUCUUUUUCGGGAAAUUCCAGAACAGAAGCCGUUUCUGGCAUGUCACGACCUGCGGCGAGUAAUUUUGGCCGCACUCCUCACUCAUAUCAGCAGCCACCACCAAUGUAUUCCAACAGAGGCCCAGUUGCUAAAAAUGAAGCUCCUGCAAGGAUCAUACCUAUUGCUGCCCUGAAUCCUUAUCAGGGAAGGUGGACAAUUAAGGCGAGAGUAACAGCAAAAAGUGACCUCAGGCUCUACAACAAUGCUAAAGGUGAUGGCAAAGUGUUCUCCUUUGAUCUUCUUGAUUCUGAUGGUGGAGAAAUAAGGGCGACUUGUUUCAAUGCUGUUGCGGAUCAAUUUUAUGGUCAAAUCGAGCCUGGUCGAGUUUAUAUGGUUUCGAGAGGGACACUGAAACCAGCUCAGAAGGCUUAUAAUCAUCUACGUAAUGACCAUGAGAUUACGCUGGACAAUUUUUCCACCGUGCAGGCGUGCUUUGAUGAUGAUAAUUCCAUCCCACAGCAGCAGUUUCAUUUCCGGCCUAUAAGUGACAUUGAAGUCUUAGACAAUACCAGUGUAGUUGACGUGAUUGGAAUUGUUUCGUCAGUCGGCCCUUCUAGCUCAAUAAUGAGGAAAAAUGGCACCGAAACUGUAAAGAGAACGCUCCAGCUGAAGGACAUGUCCGGAAGAAGUGUUGAGUUGACUUUGUGGGGAAAUUUUUGCAAUGCUGAGGGUCGAACACUUCAGGAAAUGUGUGAUUCUGGAGUCUUUCCUGUUCUGGCUGUGAAAGCCAGCCGAGUUAAUGAUUUCAAUGGUAAAUCGGUGGGGACCAUAUCCACAAGCCAGUUGUUCAUAGAGCCUGAUUUUCCUGAGGCUCACAAACUCAAAGCAUGGUUCAACAAUGAGGGAAAGGGCACUCCUUCGAUAUCCAUAUCCGGGGAAUCUAGUAUGGUCAGGACAGACACUCGCAAAACAAUAUCUCAAAUUAAAGAUGAAAAGCUGGGUACAUCAGAGAAGCCUGAUUGGAUCAUAGUCUCUGCCACCCUAACAUAUAUCAAAGCCGAUAACUUUUGCUACACUGCAUGCCCCCUCAUGAUUGCCGAUAGGCAAUGCAGUAAAAAGGUCACGAAUAAUGGGGACGGGAAAUGGAGAUGCGAAAGGUGUGAAAAAUCGGUCGAGGAGUGCGACUAUAGAUACAUCCUCCAGAUGCAAAUCCAGGAUCACACUGGCUUGACCUGGGCUACUGCCUUUCAGGAGACUGGGAAGGAUAUAAUGGGUAUAUCUGCAAAGGAUCUGUACUACAUUAAGUAUGAAGAACAGGAUGAGGAGAAGUUUAUCGAGGUGAUGCGAAAUGCGCUCUUCAACAAGUUUUUGUUUAAAUUGAAGGUGAAGGAAGAGUUUUUCAGCGACGAGCAGCGGGUGAAGUCAACGGUGGUCAAAGCCGAGAAGGUUAACUUCGAAACCGAAACCAGGUAUCUUCUCGACUCGAUUGCUAAUAUGAAAGAGGAUGGAUCGAGUGUUAUCACGACACCUGGAGCAACUGGUAGGAGUCAUAGUGGAGGGUUCAAUAGCAAUGUAGGUGCGAGUCAGCUGAGUCCGCAUGGCAAUAAUAACACGAGUACCACUAAUAAUAAUAAUAAUAAUAAUGAUAGUGAAUAUGGUGGUGGGUAUAUGAGUUGUAACAAGUGUGGUGGUACAGGGCAUAUUACUGGUAAUUGCCCGAGUUUGGUGAGUGGUUCGGGUGAAUGUUACAAAUGCCAUAAGAUGGGGCAUUGGGCGAGAGAUUGUCCUGGGACGGGCAAUAGUGGGCAGUCGGGAUAUGGUGGUAGUAAUAUGAACCCUGGGGCAAUAGGGGCCUCUGGUGAAUGUUAUAAAUGCCAUAAGGUGGGGCAUUGGGCAAGGGAUUGUCCAGGGAUGGGCAAUACUGGUGAGUCGGCAUAUGGUGGCAGUAAUGCAGGGCCUGGGAGAUAUGGCAUGGUGUCUAAGCAACAUGUGGGUGGGUUUUAA